CGUAGCGAGCCUGUGACGUAUGGUAUCCUAGGGAGGGGAUAGGAAGAAAGUGGUCAACAUCCAAAGCAUCGGAAUAAGGAUUAAAAUUCAGAGGGUGUAACAUUUACGUGUGAGAGUGUGGUCCUCCUUGCCAAGGAAGGAGCGGCAUCAGAGACCAUGAGUGAGAAUGGCCCUCAUACGGAGGCGCCCAUGUACUUUGAGGUGGAGGUGGAUCACCUGGAGCGGGAUGAUGAAGAAGAUGACAAGAUCCACUUCGACAAAGAUGAUGACCUAAUUGCUGAACCUUCGUCGUCCUCUGGUCGGGUGUAUGACCGGACCACGGUCCUCAUUGAGCGGGACCCGAUACGGCUGGACGAAGAGGGGGAAGAGGAGGGUCACUGUGGAGGGGAUGAAGAUGGAGUCACCUUUCUAACUGAGGGAGAGGGUGAUGGAGAUGAGGAGGAAGGGCCUCUGGCCUUCAUGGGAGACCCAGAUGGGAUGUCACAGGGUUAUGUGCACCACACGAUUUCACCUGACCAGAUCCAGUUCACAAUAAAUCCAGGCUCCACCCCCAUGCCACGGAACAUCGAAGGGGCUACGCUCACCCUGCACUCUGAGUGCCCAGAGACCAAGCAGAGAGAGGUAAAACGGUACCAGUGCACCUUCGAAGGCUGCACAAGGACGUACAGCACAGCAGGAAACCUGCGGACACACCAGAAAACACACCGGGGCGAGUACACAUUCGUGUGUAAUCAGCAAGGCUGUGGAAAGGCCUUUCUCACCUCAUACAGCCUUAAGAUCCAUGUUCGUGUUCACACCAAGGAGAAGCCAUUUGAGUGUGAUGUGCAAGGCUGUGAAAAGGCCUUCAACACACUGUAUAGGCUAAAAGCACACCAGAGACUUCACACAGGCAAGACGUUCAACUGUGAAUCAGAGGGAUGCACAAAGUACUUUACCACCCUCAGUGACCUGAGGAAGCACAUUCGCACACACACUGGGGAGAAACCAUUCCGGUGUGAUCACGAUGGCUGUGGAAAAGCCUUUGCUGCCAGUCAUCACCUAAAAACGCAUGUACGGACUCACACAGGGGAAAAGCCAUUCAACUGUCCUAGUGACGGUUGUGAGAAGACUUUUAGCAGCCAGUACAGCUUGAAGAGUCACAUCCGGGGCCACGACAAAGGACAGCCCUUCAGCGUCUCUCUCUCUGAAGAUGCAAAUCACUCGCUGUGCCUCAGUGACUUGAGCCUCAUCUCUACAGACUCAGAGCUACGAGAGAGCAUCCAUAAUGCUCAAAAUUUGGACUUCAACAAUGCGACCCCUGUGAAAAUCUUUGAGCUUAUGUUCCAGAGUCCUGAAAAUAGUGUCAGCCAAGAUGAUGCCAAUCCCAGCGAGAGCCUUGUUGAACCCUUCAGCAUAGAGACCCAACCAGGAGUGACUGCUGCCUCGUCUCUCAUCUCUUUCUCCGUCAGUCCUACCUCCUCAUCUUCUUGUUCACACACCGCCGCAGUCAUGGAGGCCUCUUCCCAGGUCAAUCAGAGCUGCUCCUCCCAGACCUCCAUCCCUGCUUCCAUCACUGCAACUGUUAGCACAACACAGCCUUCUGCUUUCAUGCAACUAAAUGGGUCUCAGCAGAUCUCGGAUGUGCCGCAGGCUUCUGUGCAGCCACCAAACAAUGUCAACGCCCAGCACUAUGUGGCACUGCCACCCACAUUCCUACAGCAAGACAGUACUACUCAGACCACUCCUUUAUCGCCACCUAUCUCUGCUUCUGCUCCUGCACUGACUGCCGCAGCACCAAGUCCUGCUGCUGUUGUUGCAGGUACCACAGCAGAUGCUUUAGCAGCUGUUGCUCAACCUGUGCCUUUGGCCAACAACCCUGUCCCCAGUUCUGGCCCUAGUUUGGCGAACACCCCUGCCACUAUCACCAUAGCACCCACACAGAACCUGCUGCAGCCUAGUUUGGUCAUGUCUGACCAGAACCUCCAGUGGAUUCUCAGCAGUGCCACUAACAGCCAGCAGAACCCCGAGCAAGCACCACAUCAAGGAGCUCCAAAAGUGGAAAAGGUUUUCUUCACUACAGCCAUACCCGUGGGAGGAAAUGCUGGUAACUCAGUCCAGCAGAUCGGCCUCAGCCUGCCAGUCAUCAUCAUCAAACAGGAGGAAUCCUGCCAGUGUCAGUGUGCCUGCAGGGACUCUGCUAAAGACAAGAGUGCAAAGAGUGCCUCUUCUGUAAUUUCAGCCCCUGCACAGCAGCAACCAUCAGAGCCUCCUCCCCCACCACUUCCCGAGCCUCCGCACCAUUCAGCCACUUCAUCUUCCUCAUGCUGCCCCCCCAAGUCUUCCUCCAAGGUGGGUGAGGUGAGAGUGGAGCCCCCCUCUUCUUCUUCCUCCUCCUCCACAGCUCAGACUCUCUCCACAGUUGUGAGCAGCACUGCCACCAACCCACCCUCAUCUGAUGGGUUAACCAGUAUGGACGUCUCAGACUUCCUCUCCCUGCAGAGCCCUGAGACAGCUGCCAACUUUGAGGCUCUGCUGCUGGUCGCAGAUGACUUCAACAUGGCUACUGAUGGCAAUCCUUAAAAGAGCUGCCUUUGGAGUCUGGCACCAUGUGUGUGUCUGUUGCACCCACUCAUCCACAAGCAUCGAUUCCACCCACACCUCGAGUCACUCUCCGAAGUGACGCCUCUUCUUUCACCCUAUAUAGUGUGUGCAUUGAAACCCCUUGUACCUGCAGUGCAUUCUGCUCUGUGUGGCACAGGGAAACAUAUAGUAUAUAUACAGAGUAUGUGUAACUUUUCUGUUGAGUCUCAUUGCAGUAGUUGAGUUUUAGCAACUUAAACGCUAAUUAAUGCAGGGAACAGGCAGUAGAUCCUUUGUUGAAAAGAAACUCUUUAUAAUAAUAUCCAAGAAUAUCCACUUUGAAUCGAUUGAAAUGAGCAAUUUUUGUCCAAGCACUGAUAAUUUAGAGUUUCACUGUCCUGGCUUGAAGGUCACACAACCUGAGCAGGAAAACAAAACUCAUCUGUCCUUGUACUGUAUCCUUGUACUGUACUACAGGUCCUAACAAAUGCUUUAGGCUGGUAUGCAAAUAACCAUAAUGCACUGUAUAUGAGAAGAAUUUGCUACAGUUUUAAUCGAGCAUUGUUCCCAGCAAGAAUUUCAAGGGGUUGGUCACACAGUGACCCAUGUGGCUGUCAUGUCAUAUGAAGUGAUUUCCUCAGUAUUGUUUUUUUUUUUUUUUUGUUUUUUUUCCCCUAGGAAGACUAGUGUAGUCCAGAUAAUGUGAUGAUUUUCUACUUUUUUGACAGUUAUUUACUAAUUAAGGGGAAAAAAAAAAACCUGUGAUCAGAUCUGCCUGUCUUUUUAAGUGACAUCACAUCAAUAUAUCGAUAAGUUGCCUAUAACUUAAACUAACUUAAAACUGUGUUAAUUUAUUUAAAUGUUUGAUUCUUUCAUUAUGAUAAUAUCAUCUUUGAGAUAGCAGAAAUAAUCUAUUAAUUUAUUCCAAUCACUUGUAUUUUUAAGUUGAGCUGCUUUUUUUUUGUUACUGAAUUGUUUUCCUUUAUAAGAACGUAAUGGGUAUUGUGAAAAGAGGCGCGUACAGUAGACUGCACAGUGAAGCAAAUUAUCCUCUAGGAUCUGCUUGUUUGCAAAAACUUGUCCACAAUUAAACUAUAUAAGGAACUACUGUCAACAUCCCAUGUUCUUUAGGGUUGUGACCCUCUCAGGGAUGCAUCAAGUCAUAACUGUUCCUGGUUCCCUCAGUUUGUUUCUCAGACAUGCAUUUUCCUUGCCGGACAGCUCACACUUGCAGUAGCCCUACGUUUUGCUGCACUCUUCCCUGUUUAUUGCACACUAACUUGUAAAGUGAGUAAUCUGACAGCUUAGCUGACGUGCAGCACCACUACAGAGUUUUGUACACACCUGCUGUAAAGUAGCAUUUAAAAAGCCGGUGUCCUGGUGACAGUGUAAAUAUGGUACAUUUUAGUGUAAACAUGUUUGAGAAACCUGUAGAUUAUUCUAGAAUUUGUAUUUUUGUAUAGACUUUUGAAUUGCUAAUUCUCAGAGUUUGAAGCUAAUGUGUCCCCUCUGUUCAUUCUUCUCCCUGUCACCUUUAUGCGGAAGAGUCUUCGCUGUGUUUUAGUUGAAUAGGUAUACAAGCCUCCGGGCUUCUGUAUAGUCCACAUUGUGAGAAAAUAUAUGUAACACAUAGCCUCCGGCUCAGAGUAUAAUUUAACAGUAUUGUUUCGCAUGGGACGCAAUGCAAUGAUGACAAAGGCAUUAUGCCCUGUAAAUUAGUGUAGAGCUUCUUGGCCUUACAACAUUAACUGUUCUGUAAGCCUCCUUGCCUUGACAGCCCCUGUUUUAGAAACUGGCACGCUGGCACACUCAUCUUCACUGACUCUCAGGCAGCCAUUCCAGCAGCAGAUCACACCGAGGCAAGUGUGGAGACAGACAGGCUUGUGGUUGCUUUGAGUUUUCCAGUUGUGAUGUUGGGGGAAAGUCUAAUGGAUAUGCAGCAUUGCAGAUGCAGAUCAUGGGAUUCUUCAUUUUUGUUUCCAAUGUGCAGAAAUAAUCUAAUGAUGCACCAGUUGCCCAGUUUGUCCUCAACUAUUCCCUUAAUACAGUAUUAGACAUCUGCAGCCUUUAAAUCUGACAUUGACUCCAGUGGAUAUUAAAGUUGUACUAAUUUAUCCCCAUUAAAUAAAUAAAAAUACCACAGGGGGCAUACCCACUCACAUACAUCAGUAUGUACAACUAUGCAAUUUUAAGUGUGGCAUUCACUAGUUUAGUUACUGACUCCAAGAUCAAAAGGUUAUUUAUGCCUCUCAUAAAAUUAUAUUUGCUGCAAAGCAGUUUAUAGCGCCCCAGUGCAUCCAUAUUAGCAGAUCUCUUGGAGUCCUGUAUAUUUUGCAGUGGGUGGUGUGAAUCUGGACUGUAGUGUGUCCAUAAAGUACUGUUCCCAUGAAUGUUGCAUCACAGCCACUUUGUUACCUGUAAUUUAAUAUCAGCUGGAUUUGCAUGAUGGACGUAUUUGGUCAGUGAGUUUUUUUUUUGUUUUAAAUUAGAUGUACACCGUUUUGUUUUAGACUUAAACAUGUUUGGGUUUCACUCCAUCUCACCCCUUCAUAUGCUUCAGCUUUCAUCCUCAGCUGCCAAUAUUUGGUUAUUAAGCAGAUAAAUUUUAGACUUUAUUGCCCAGGUUUGUGUGGCUGAUAUUUAUAUUAAUCUCAUGUCAGCAAAUCAAUAACGGCGACAUUUGUUUGGAAGCAGAUUGUUCACAAAUGUAGAGUCUUUGGAAACAGAUUCAGAAUUUCUGUUAUCACCAACAUUUGCCCCCCCCCCCAAAAAAAGGCUACAUUUUUCCAGGUACAGGUGGGGCUGGGAGAAAGAAAAACUACAUGCUUCCAAAGGAAUGUCUUGACACCCAAAGAGUGAGGAAUUGUUAAGAACUUUUAUUUUUAAAAGAAUGUAUAAUGUGAAACUGAUUGCUUAUGCUCAUUUCAUAUAAAUAUAACUUUCUGAAUUGAGAGCAAUAUAAUACAAAUAAAAACUUAUCCUUGUCACUGAAA